AUGGACAUGGAUGCUUCAACCACAACGCUCAGCUGGGCGGAGUUUGCCACAUUGAAGCUCUCCCCGUCGUAUUUCACCUCCAAAUCUGGUCUCUACUGGCUAGCCUUGCUCGUGAUAGCUUGCUUCGUCGCAGCACCUCUCCGGCACACGUUCCAGGAUGUCGAGAUCUACCCACUGAUCAACAAUACAAAGGAGGAAUACUUGACGGGUGGUAAAGCCCUCCUCGCCAAGGGGGCUAAGCAAUACGGCGGGAAACCUUUUCGAGUAUUCACCGGCCAAGGCAGCACCCUCACGGUCCUGGCGCCCCAGCAUUGCCACGAUGUGAAGAACGACAGUCGGUUGAGCUCGACAGAGUUUCUGCUGGCGUACUGGCAGGCCGGAACACCGGGGUUCGAACCGUACUUGAGUUCUGGGAGCGAGCUCAUCCGCGAGAUGAUACGAACGCACCUCACUCAGAGCGACGUUGCCAGACUAUCACAACCACUUGCAGAUGAGACAGCCACUGCUUUGAAGGACGUCUUCACUGAGGACGAAGAAUGGCACGAAAUCACCCUCGCCCCAACAAUCGCCCAGAUCGUCGCCCGUGUCUCAGCACUAGUCUUCCUCGGCCCCGAACUCUGCCGCGAUCCAACCUGGCUCCAAAUCACGAUAAACUACCCAAUGAAAGCCAUGGCUGCCGCCAAAGUUCUCCGCUCUUACCCAUCCCCCGUCCGCCGCUUCGUGCACUGGUUCCUCCCCUGCUGCCGCGAGCUGCGCCAGAUGCUCCGGACGGCGCGGAUGGCCAUCGAGCCGAUCCAGCAGAAGCGACGGCGGCAAGAGGCGGAGAACGGCGGCGUGGUGUUUGAUAAUGCGUUGGCGUGGAUUGAGAAGCUGGCAAGGAAGCAGCAGGACCGAACGGCGCAGAACGCGGCGUUUCAGCAAUUGGGGUUGUCGACCCUCGCGAACGCGUCGAGUACGGACAUGGUGUCGCAGAACUUGCUGGACCUGUGUCUGAAUCCGGAGUUGACGGAGGCGUUGAGGGAGGAGAUUGUGAGGGAGACGCGAGACGGGUGGAAGAGCUCGACGCUGUAUAACCUGAAGCUCAUGGAUAGCGUGCUGAAGGAGACGUUGCGUCUCAAGCCCAUUGCCUCCGUGGCUCUUGGGAGGCGCGUGAUGGAAGACAAUGUGAAAUUGAGUGACGGCACCGUGCUCCCAAAAACGACAGGCGUCGCCGUAUCAUCGGCCAUGAUGUGGGAUCCUGAGAUCUAUCCCAAGCCGGAAAGCUUCGAUGGCCGACGCUUCCUCCGGAUGCGCGAGGCCGGUAAUAAUGAGCAUGUCGCGCAGCUCGCGAGCGUAUCAGCGGAGCACAUGGGCUUCGGGCUCGGCUCGCACGCGUGUCCGGGUCGCUUCUUUGGCGCGAGCUCCGCGAAGCUGAUUGUAUCGCACAUCUUGCUCGGGUACGAAUUCAAGCUGGCCAACGAAGACAAGAGUACUGUGGAGCCGAUGCGUUUUGGUUUCUCGACUUUGGUGAAUCCUAGGGCAAAGCUUCUCAUUAGGCGUAGGAAAGAUGCUGUUUGA